AUGUCCAGCUCGGCGCAUCCCGACGUGUACGAGCCGACGCGGCCACGGCGCGCGUCGCGCUCGCCCUUGAGCUGCAACCCGAACCACCUGCCCGUGUCGGACGACCCGGACCUGCAACAGUUUUACAACGCGCUUCGCGUGCGCGACCACACGCCGCAUGUCUCUGUGAUCCCGACGUCGCAUGCUAGCGUGAAGCGCCCGACGUCGCAUGUGCCCAAGAAGCACCGGGACGUCAUGAGCAUCUUUGGCGAACAAGGCAUGGUGCUCGACGCCGCGACGCCCAGCAACAGCUUGCACUCGACGCCGACAAGCAGCUCGUCGGCGCUCCACUCGCCAUCGCUAAUGCACGGCGACAUGCUCGACUCAUCCCGCGACACGAUUGAAGCGGGCUUGAACCUUGUCUAUGGCGCCGCGUCGCUGAAGGGCCAGCGCGCCGUCAACGAAGACCGACACAUUGCCGCAACCGAGACCAUCCACGACAGCACCGUCGGGUUCUUUGGCGUCUUUGACGGCCACGGCGGCACGAAAGUCUCCGAGUACUUGGCCGAGAACCUCCACACGACGUUCUUUACCCACUUGACGCAGCGGCCGCAGCCGACGCUCGCGUCGCAGCUCGAAGAGGCCAUGCUCUACACGGACAAUGCCAUCUACGAGGCCAACGUCGAGCACGGCUCGACCGCCAUCUGCCUCACGGUCAAGGACGACGUUCUUGCCGUCGCGUCGCUCGGUGACUCGCAGGCCAUUCUGUGCACGAACGACGGGCACGCACUCGACCUCUGCCUCUCGCACCGGCCCACCGAGGCGUCGGAGAUUGCGCGCAUCGUGGCGGCCAAGGGCACGGUCGUGAACGGACGCAUCUUUGGCGUCCUCGGCGUCUCCCGCGCGUUUGGCGACAACGACUUCAAGACAUCGCGCGGGACGUUCAAGGCCAAGUUCAACGGCGACCUUGUCGGCGGCGCGCCGCACGUCAUCCAGCGCCCGCUCUCGCCCGCCGACGAGUUUGUCGUGCUCGGUUGUGACGGCCUCUUUGACGUCAUGACGCCGGACGAGCUCGUCGCGUACGUCCGCCCGCGCCUCUCGCUGCAAGGCGUCCAAAAGACGUGCGAAGACAUGCUGCAGCACGCCCUUCGCCUCGGCUCGACCGACAAUGUGUCGGCGAUUAUUGUCAAGUUUCACCACUACUAG